UUUAGUUUGUGAGUUUGAAUACUGUAGUUUAAAUGCAGUAAACAUGUGAACCGUCUGUUACUGGCGUUAUUCAGUUUACCAUUUUAGAAUUCGCAAAAUAAAUAAUAUUUGUGCAGGGAAAUCCUAGUUUAUAGGCCAGGUAAAUAUGGAAGGACAAGACAAAAGACUGGAUUAUAUUCAAGGUUAUAUUUUAAAAACCAUGAAACUAAAAGCAGACAAAUGGGUCAAAUUUGUAACAACAGAAGAAAACAAGCUGAUGGUCAAUAGUUUUUUUGAGAAGCAGGAUGUUACGGUUCUGGUUAUUUAUCUAAAUUCUGCAGCCCAACUAACUGCCGAUUUGGCGUUUCCACCUUCUGUUAAAAGCAAAGCGGUGUACUUCGUUAAAAGGACAAAUGAGUCCACAACCAAGGACAACAUUAAAAACGUCCUAGUGGGAGACAUCUCCGCGUCACCCGUGGAACAGCUGACUGCUUUGGUGGAAGAGAUGGUGUGUUCACUGCAUACUAACGUUGAAAACACCAGGGGUUGGCCACAAGUUGUAUCAGACGACCUAACAAGACAUGCAAACAAGUUGAGAAACGAAGUGUUUGUGGCUGGUGGACAGAUAAAAGGCAGAACGUAUCUUCCUUUACCUGCAAACAGUGGGCAGUUAGAGACUUCAGAAUGUUUCACAACAGCAAGGCUACCCCCUGCCGUAGACAGCAAGUUACUGCAUGCCUUUGAAACGGUAAUAAUAGACUGGACUCACCAGGUGAAAGGUGUUCUCAGCAAAGAUUCUGCACAGCCAAUUUUAGAUGGAUUAAACCCGCUGCCUAAAAUGGAAUUCGACUUCUGGAACGCCAGGUUGACAAAUCUAGAGUGUAUAAAUGAACAGCUGUCAUCUCCAAAAGUGCGUAAAAUUGCUGAGAUUGUGGAAAGGGCAGCAAGCAGCUACUGGCCAUCUUUAAAAAAUAUUUACAGGGAUGUUAAUGAAGGACUCAAAGAGGCAAAGGAUAUUGUCCUUUAUCUGAAACCUUUGCAAAAAGUUUUAGAUGAGAUGGAACAAACAGAAUAUUCACAGUUGCCUCAGUUUAUUGGCGUUUUGAUGCACACAGUUGGUUUAAUUUGGGCUAAUUCGAAAUACUACAACACUCCAGAGAGAAUUAUUGUAAUUCUGCAGGAGAUCUGCAACCUGUUUAUUGAAGUGACUCGAGUCUUUUUAAGUCCAGAAGAGGUAAUGAAAGGGUUGCAAGGAGAAAUAGACGAAAUGCUGGGAAGAAUAAAACUAGCCAGUACAACUAUAAAAAAGCUGAGACACACUUAUGAUUACAACCGAUCACAUAUGGACAUUUUUUUUCAAGGAAGAGAGACACAUUUUUGGGAAUUCCCUUCAUACCUAGUUUUUACCAAGCUGGAUGGUUUUUUACGCAGGUUACAGACUUUAGAGGAACUGUACCACGUCUCUAUAGAACUGCUGAAGUUGGAGAAAACAGAUAUAGGAGGUGUGAAAGGGAACACUCUGGGAAUCAUGAUUUUUAGAAUCUUUGAAGAGUUUCUGGAGCAAAUGAAAGUGUUUACCGAGAGUAAAUAUGACACUCUAGAUCCUGCAGACACAGAAUUCGAAGAAAGCUAUGCCAAGUUCCAGAAGCAAGUUCAGGACUAUGACACAAGGCUGGGAACCAUAAUUUGCCAGGCGUUUGAUGAUUGUCACUGUAUUGAAUCUGCUGUUAAACUUUUUGACAUGUUUGGUACCCUGCUGGAGCGGCCAGUUUUAAGAUCACAAGUGUCUAGUAAAUACACAGCCUUGGUGGAGAUGUUUAAUGUUGAGCUAGACAGGGCAAAAGUGGUAUUUGAUGCCCAGUUGUUUGCGACAGAUGUGUGCGGAGGUGUUCCUCCUAUUUGUAAAAACAUGCCCCAUGUAGCAGGCCAGCUAAAAUGGGCGCAGGAACUGCGAGACAGGAUUCAGGCACCAAUGAAGAGCUUUAGAGCAAUUGACCAUCCCUGCAUGUGUACUGAUGAAGCCAAACUGGUUUUACAAAAAUAUGAAGAGAUGCUUAACCUGCUGGACAUGUAUUGUGAACAUGUAUACGUUAAAUGGACCACACAAGUGGAUGAUGAUUGUCAGUUUAACUUGGAGCAGCCACUUAUCCUGCGUGAUCCCAAGUCUUAUUUGAUAAGGGUUAACUUUAACAAGCAGUUGGUGGCAGUUCUACGGGAAGUGAAAUACUUGACUAUUCAAGCUAAGGAGGAUAUCCCAGAGAGUGCUGCAGAUGUUUUUGCUAAUAGCGAAACAUUUAGAAAGUUUGUGGGCAACCUUGACAUCAUUGUAGCUUGGUACAACAAGAUAAGAGUAACAGUGCAUCCAGUUGAGUUCCCACUUAUUAAGAAUGAACUUGAGGAUAUAGAUUCAAAAUUAAAUAAAGCUGAAAGUACACUGAGUUGGAACACUGAUGGUGCAUGGGAAUACAUUCAGGAGAUGAGAAAUACACUGUAUGAUUUUGAGACCCGUACACAAAAGGCUAAGUCUAAUGUAGAAACCAUGUGUCAAAUCAUGCAGGAGUGGUCAGCCAGUCCUAUGUUUGAACGGAAGGACAAUAAGAAGGAAUCCCUGCUGGAUCUAGAUGGAAGAGUGAAUGCUUUAAACAAAAAGUAUGCUACAAUGAGGGAAGAUGGACAAAGAAUUCACAAAUUGCUCAAAGAGAAUAAGACCUUGUUUAAAGCAGACGACACAACUCCAGUGUGGUCGCACUAUGUAUUAUAUAUAGAUGACAAGGUAGUGGAUGGAUUCUUCAAAGUAGUGAGCACCUCCCUACAGUUUCUUGCCAGCAACAUGGGGGCAGAGGUUAGUACUGCUCCUCUUUUUGAAGUACAUUUAGAGCUGGGACCUUCUGACACUGUGUUUCGACCUGCCUUGGCAUAUGGAGUUUCAGAAGGGUUCUAUGAUCUAAUAGAGCAUUUAACACUUGAUGUCUAUAAAACAGGCAAUCUGGUGCCACGAAUGGUAAAAGAUCAUCCACAAAACAACUACCAGCAAGAUUUAGAGGAGAUAGGAGAGCUGUCUGAGAUAAGAGACAAUGUGAUGGGGCAUGUUGUGAAUGCGAUGAGGCAGGCGCAGGAGUACCAAGCCAACUUUGAUCAAUAUUCCUAUCUCUGGGUUGACGAUCGCAAUGAGUUCAUGCAGCAGUUCCUUGUGUAUGGCCACGUGAUCACUCCUGAAGAGAUAGAAGCUCAUGGAGAGGAUCAUGUGCCUAAAUGCCCUCCAACACUAGAGAUGUUUAAAAACGAGAUUGACUUAUAUGAGAAGCUCUAUGAAGAGGUGUCAAGGUUUGAAAAUUGUCGCGUGUUCAGUGGCUGGCUCCAGAUUGACUGCAAGCCUUUCAAACAUGCUCUUUUGAAUGUCAUCAAACGGUGGAGUCUUAUGUUUAAGAAAUACCUCAUUGACAGAGUUACUAACAGCCUGAGUGAUUUACAGGCUUUUAUUGAAACUACAAAGGCUAGCAUCAUUAAAACAAUAAGUGAAGGUGAUUACUAUGGGCUGGUUGAAGUGAUGGGUCUUCUGAAGAAAGUGAAAGAAAGACAGUUGGUCACAGAUCAAAUGUUUGAACCACUGAAACAGUCCAUUGAAUUGUUACGCUCUUAUGGAGAGGAGAUGCCUGAUGAAGUACACACACAGCUUCAGGAACUUCCAGAACAAUGGAACAAUAUGAAAAAGAUAGCUCUCCAAGUUAAACAGAAUGUAGCUCCUUUACAGUCCAAUGAAGUAAAUAUAAUUCGAAGAAAAUGCCAGCAGUUUGAGAUCCGACAGUAUGAAUUCAGAGAGAAAUUCAGAGAAGAACCCUUUUUUCGCUUUUCUUUCCCAGAUCCGCAUGCUGCUUUGGAUGAGACCCACAAGAACAUGUCUGCAUUGGAAAAGGAAAUGGAAAGCCUAUCUGUAUCUGCAGGUUUAUUUGAAGUUAAUGUACCUGAUUACAAGCAACUCAAGGCUUGCCGAAAGGAAGUCAUACUGCUGAAGGAGCUCUGGGAUAUGAUUUAUUUGGUAAGAGGCUGCAUGGAUGACUGGAAAACCACCCGAUGGAAAGACAUCAAUGUAGAGGAAAUGGACAUGGACACCAAAAAAUUUGCAAAAGAUGUCAAGGGUCUAGAUAAAGAAAUGAGAGUCUGGGAUGCAUUUGUAGGAUUGGAUAACAUAGUUAAAAACAUGAUGACUUCUCUGAGAGCAGUUGGGGAACUACAGAACCCAGCCAUCAGAGAAAGACACUGGCUGCAACUUAUGAUGGCUACUCAGGUUAAAUUUGUCAUGUCAGAAAAAACGACCCUUGACGAUUUGCUGAAACUUAACCUCCACAAUUUUGAAGAUGAAGUGCGCAGCAUAGUAGACAAGGCUGUAAAGGAGUCUGGAAUGGAGAAGACAUUGAAAGAGCUGGACAGUACUUGGUCCACCAUGGUAUUUGGACACGAGACUCACCCUAGAACUGGCACCAUGUUACUGAAAUCUGAUGAAGAACUAGUAGAGACUCUGGAAGACAACCAGGUGCAACUCCAGAACCUCAUGACGUCCAAAUACAUCGCUCACUUCCUGAAGGAGGUGUCUGAUUGGCAACAGAAGCUCUCCACUGCAGACUCUGUGAUCUCCAUCUGGUUUGAGGUGCAGAGAACCUGGACUCACCUGGAGAGCAUUUUCAUUGGCUCAGAGGACAUUCGUUCACAGUUGCCUGAGGACUCCAAACGUUUUGAUGGAAUUGAUAAGGAUUUCAAAGAGAUCAUGGCUGAUGCUGUAAAAACCCCUAAUGUUGUGGAAGCCACAAAUAAACCAGGCCUAUUUGAGAAGCUGGAGCAUCUAGAAUCAAGCUUGGCGUUGUGUGAGAAAGCUCUUGCUGAAUAUUUAGAGACAAAGCGACUUGCCUUUCCCAGAUUCUACUUUGUCUCUUCAGCUGACCUGCUGGAUAUUUUAUCCAAUGGAAAUAAUCCUGUGGAGGUCAGCAAGCACUUGUCAAAACUGUUUGACAGUAUGUCAGAUCUGGAAUUUAAAAAGGAUGCAGAUAAUAAACCUUUAAAGAUAGGUCUUGGGAUGUACAGCAAGGAGAAUGAAUAUGUUCAGUUUGAAGCUGAAUGUGACUGCUCGGGACAGGUUGAACAUUGGUUAACCCGAGUGCUAGAGGCGAUGUGCUGUACUUUACGCAAUGUAAUGGGUGAUGCUGUGGUGACCUAUGAAGAGAAGCCGAGAGAGGUUUGGGUGUUCGACUACCCAGCCCAGCCUGCAUUAACUUCCACGCAGAUUUGGUGGACUACUGAAGUUGGUAUUGCAUUUGCCAGGCUAGAGGAAGGUUUUGAAAAUGCCAUUAAAGAGUACUUUAAAAAGCAGGUUAGCCAGCUGAAUACCUUGAUAAAUUUGUUAAUUGGAAACCUCUCACGUGGUGACAGACAGAAGAUUAUGACAAUUUGCACAAUUGAUGUACACGCUAGGGAUGUUGUGGGCAAAAUUGUUACUACCAAGGUGGAGAACUCGCAGGCUUUUACUUGGCAGUCACAGCUGAGGCACCGCUGGGAUGAUGAAAAAAAACACUGUUUUGCGAACAUCUGUGAUGCUCAGUUUAGAUACUCGUAUGAAUAUCUGGGUAACACGCCUCGCCUGGUGAUCACACCUCUUACAGACAGGUGCUAUAUAACCCUUACCCAGUCUCUCCAUCUUAUCAUGGGGGGAGCUCCUGCAGGCCCAGCAGGUACUGGGAAAACUGAGACUACAAAGGAUUUGGGCAGGGCUUUAGGUAUCAUGGUGUAUGUCUUCAACUGCUCUGAACAAAUGGAUUACAAGUCUUGUGGCGACAUUUACAAAGGACUAGCACAGACUGGAGCCUGGGGCUGUUUUGAUGAGUUCAAUAGAAUAUCGGUGGAGGUGUUGUCAGUUAUUGCUGUACAGGUGAAGUGCGUCCAGGACAGCAUUAGGAAUAAGAAGACGAUAUUUAAUUUUCUUGGAGAGGUUAUUAAACUUAUACCUACUGUUGGAGUUUUUAUCACUAUGAACCCAGGGUAUGCAGGUCGAGCUGAACUUCCUGAAAAUCUGAAGGCAUUAUUCAGACCCUGUGCUAUGGUGGUCCCUGAUUUUGAAUUGAUUUGUGAAAUUAUGCUGGUAGCAGAAGGCUUUCUUGAUGCCAGAGUACUAGCUAGAAAAUUUAUUACCCUGUAUACACUCUGCAAAGAGCUCCUUUCAAAGCAGGAUCAUUACGACUGGGGGUUGCGUGCUAUCAAAUCUGUGCUCGUAGUCGCAGGUUCCUUGAAGAGAGGGGACCCUGGCCGGCCAGAGGACCAGGUCUUAAUGAGGGCAUUACGAGACUUCAAUGUACCGAAGAUAGUGACUGAUGACAUGCCUGUUUUCAUGGGAUUGAUUGGAGACCUUUUCCCAGCCCUGGAUGUACCUAGAAAGAGAGAUCUGGAUUUUGAAAAAAUUGUUAAACAGUCUGUGCUUCAGUUGAAGCUUCAGGCAGAAGAUAAUUUUGUUCUAAAAGUGGUUCAACUGGAAGAGCUUCUUGCAGUGAGGCACUCUGUUUUUAUAAUCGGAAAUGCAGGGACGGGCAAGUCUGAGGUGCUGAAGUCCUUAAACAAGACCUAUCAAACCAUGAAGAGAAAACCUGUAGCUGUAGACCUGGAUCCAAAAGCUGUUACUUGUGAUGAACUUUUUGGAGUUAUCAACCCAGCCACUAGAGAAUGGAAAGACGGUCUGUUUUCCUGUAUAAUGAGAGACCUAGCCAUUGUUUCUCAUGAUGGACCAAAGUGGAUAGUCCUUGAUGGAGACAUUGAUCCAAUGUGGAUAGAAUCACUCAACACUGUCAUGGAUGAUAAUAAGGUGCUCACUUUAGCCAGCAAUGAGCGGAUCCCGUUAAAUACCACCAUGCGCCUCGUGUUUGAGAUUAGUCACCUAAGAACCGCAACCCCUGCAACAGUGUCCAGAGCAGGAAUUCUUUACAUCAAUCCAGCAGAUUUGGGCUGGAACCCAGUUGUAACUAGCUGGAUUGAGAAACGUGAGGUUCAGUCCGAGAAAGCUAACCUAAUCAUUUUGUUUGAUAAAUAUUUACCAACCUGCCUGGAAAAGCUUAAAAUUGGGUUUAAAAAGAUAACCCCAGUCCCAGAGGUCACUAUGGUUCAGACCCUGCUAUACUUAAUGGAGUGCCUUCUUAUACCAGCCAAUGCACCACCUGACUCCCCCAAAGAUCUUUAUGAACUCUACUUUGUGUUCUCCUGCAUCUGGGCAUUUGGAGGAGCAAUGUUUCAAGAUCAGAUGAUUGACUACCGUGUGGAAUUUAGCAAGUGGUGGGUGAAUGAAUUUAAGACUAUAAAAUUCCCCUCUCUAGGGACUGUCUUUGACUACUACAUUGAUGCAGACACCAAGAAAUUUAUGUCCUGGACAGAUAAGGUCCCUAAGUUUGAGCUCGAUCCUGACUUACCAUUGCAGGCCUCCAUGGUGCACACAUCCGAGACCAUUCGAAUCAGGUAUUUUAUGGACAUGCUGAUGGAGAAAAAGCGACCAGUGAUGCUGGUAGGCAAUGCAGGGACAGGAAAGUCUGUGCUCAUGGGAGAGAAACUAAGGAGUCUCAAUACAGAUAACUAUGUGGUGCAGUCUGUCCCUUUUAACUUCUACACAACCUCUGCCAUGCUUCAAGCCAUCCUUGAGAAACCACUAGAGAAGAAAGCAGGUAGAAAUUAUGGUCCUCCAGGAAAUAAAAGCUUGAUUUAUUUCAUUGAUGACAUGAACAUGCCUGAAGUAGAUAAAUAUGGAACUGUUGCACCUCACACGCUGAUCCGGCAGCAUAUGGACCAUGGACACUGGUAUGACCGAAGUAAACUGACUUUGAAGGAUAUCCACAACUGUCAGUAUGUGGCCUGUAUGAACCCUACCUCUGGUAGUUUCACCAUUGAUCCGAGACUUCAGCGACACUUCUUUGUGUUUGCUGUGAGUUUUCCUGGACAAGAUGCGUUACAUGCCAUCUACAGCACUAUCCUGUCGCAACAUCUAACCAUGAAUAGCUUUGCAAUAGCUCUUCAAAAAUUCUGCACAGUGCUAGUGGCUGGAGCACUUUCUUUUCAUCAGAAGAUUACAUCUUACUUUCUUCCAACGGCUGUUAAGUUCCAUUAUGUAUUCAAUCUGAGAGACCUUUCCAACAUAUUUCAGGGUUUACUGUUUUCUUCUGCAGAAUGUGUAAAAACCAAUAUUGACAUGAUUAGACUCUGGUUACAUGAAACUGAUAGAGUGUAUGGAGAUAAAUUAAUUAACGAUAAAGAUAAAGAACUCUUUGCAAAGAUUCAGGUGGAUAUUUGUAGAAAGACUUUUGAGGAUAUGGAUGAAAAUGCAGUGUUUGCAAAGCCCAAUGUUUAUAGUCAUUUUGCCUGUGGAACUGGAGAGCCCAAAUAUUUCCCUCUAUCUUCCUGGAAGGCUCUGAACAAACUGCUGACAGAAGCCUUAGACAGCUACAAUGAAGUGAAUGCCGCCAUGAACCUGGUCCUGUUUGAAGAUGCAAUGUCUCAUAUCUGUAGAAUAAACCGUAUCCUGGAGUCCCCACGUGGGAAUGCCCUGUUGGUGGGUGUGGGAGGCAGUGGGAAACAAAGCCUGUCUCGGCUAGCUGCUGCUAUUAGCAGUCUCGAAGUUUCCCAAAUUACCUUGAGAAAAGGAUACACAAUUGCAGACUUAAAGUUGGACCUAGCUGCCCUGUAUAUCAAAGCAGGCGUGAAGAACUGUGGUAUGGUUUUCCUGAUGACCGACUCGCAAGUUGCAGAGGAGCAGUUUCUUGUUCUUAUAAAUGAUUUGCUUGCGUCAGGAGAGAUCCCAGGUCUGUUUCCGGAUGAUGAAGUAGAAAACAUUAUCGGUUCAAUGAGAAACGAAGUGAAGGGGGUUGGAUUACAGGAUACCAGAGAGAAUUGCUGGAAGUUUUUCAUAGAUAAAGUCAGGAGACAAUUAAAGGUUGUCCUGUGUUUCUCCCCUGUUGGCUCAACUCUACGGGUCCGGGCAAGGAAAUUCCCAGCAGUUGUAAACUGUACAGCAAUUGACUGGUUUCAUGAAUGGCCAGAAGAGGCUUUAGUGUCUGUCAGUGCCCGAUUCCUGCAAGACUCCGAAGGAAUUCUGCCAGAAGUUAGGACAUCCCUUAGUUUGUUUAUGGCCUAUGUACACAAAACUGUCAAUGAAAUGUCAAAGACCUACCUGACCUCUGAAAGGCGCUAUAACUAUACAACCCCAAAAACCUUUCUGGAGCAGAUCAAACUGUAUCAGAACCUUCUUUCCACAAAAAGGAAGGAGUUGAUUGCAAAGAUGGAUCGACUGGAGAAUGGUCUAACAAAACUUGAGAACACCUCAGCACAGGUAGAUGACUUGAAAGCCAAGCUGGCAGUCCAAGAAGUCGAAUUGCAACAGAAGAAUGAGGAUGCAGAUAAACUCAUUCAGGUAGUGGGAAUUGAAACUGAAAAAGUUUCAAAGGAGAAGGCCAUUGCAAAUGAUGAGGAGUUAAAAGUUCAAGUUAUCAACAAGAAUGUGGGAGAAAAACAAGCAUCCUGUGAAACUGACCUGGCUAAAGCAGAACCUGCUUUGAUUGCUGCCCAGGAAGCUUUAAAUACCCUUAACAAGAAUAACUUGACAGAAUUGAAAUCUUUCGGCUCUCCUCCAGAAGCAGUAGUUAAUGUAGCAGACGCUGUAAUGAUCCUUCUUGCUCCGGGAGGCAAAAUCCCAAAAGACAGAUCCUGGAAAGCUGCUAAAAUUUGCAUGGCAAAAGUGGAUGCUUUUCUAGACAAUUUAGUACACUAUGAUAAAGAACACAUUCCUGACACCUGUUUGAAAGCUUUUCAGCCUUUUAAGAAUGAUCCAACUUUUGAACCAGAUUUCAUCCGGUCCAAGUCAAUAGCUGCUGCGGGUCUUUGUUCCUGGUGUAUCAAUAUUGUCAAGUUCUACGAGGUGUACUGUGAAGUGGAACCCAAGAGACAGGCCCUGGCCCAGGCAAAUGCAGAGCUAGCAGCAGCACAGGACAAGCUUUCUGUUAUCAAAUCCAAAAUAACACAAUUAAAUGCCAACUUGGCUAAAUUGACAUCAGAGUUUGAAAAAGCUACAGCAGAUAAAGUGAAGUGCCAGCAGGAGGCAGAUUCCACCAAUCGUACUAUUUCUCUGGCAAACAGACUUGUAGGAGGAUUAGCAUCUGAGAAGAUUCGCUGGUCUGAAUCAGUGGCCAGGUUUAAAGAACAAGAGAAGACUCUGAGUGGAGAUGUCAUGUUGAUUUCGGCUUUCGUUUCAUAUGUUGGAUAUUUCAGCAAGAAAUACAGGAAUAAUUUAAUGGAUAAAUAUUGGAUGCCAUAUUUGAAAGAAUUGAAGGUGCCCAUUCCAAUUACUCCGGGCUUGGAUUCCCUAACCCUGUUGACUGACGAUGCUGAUAUCGCUGCCUGGAAUAACCAGGGCUUACCCAGUGACCGCAUGUCCAUUGAAAAUGCUACCAUCCUCUGCAACACGGAGCGAUGGCCCCUAAUUGUUGAUGCACAGCUACAGGGGAUCAAAUGGAUCAAAAAUAAAUAUGGAAAAGAACUGAAAGUGAUCAGGCUGGGACAAAAAGGUUAUCUUGAGAGUAUUGAGAGAGCAAUUUCCAAUGGUGAUAUUUUGCUGAUUGAAAAUAUUGGAGAAACAGUAGAGCCAGUGCUAGACCCUUUGCUUGGCAGAAACACGAUCAAAAAGGGGAGAUACAUUAAGAUGGGCGAUAAAGAAGUGGAGUACCAUCCCAACUUCAGGUUAAUUUUACACACCAAGUACUUCAGUCCUCACUACAAACCAGAGAUGCAAGCGCAGUGCACCCUCAUUAACUUCUUGGUAACGAGGGACGGGUUGGAGGACCAGCUACUUGCUGCAGUGGUGGCAAAGGAGAGGCCUGACCUGGAGGAACUGAAGGCUCAGCUGACGACCCAGCAGAACGAAUUUAAGAUUGUGCUGAAGCAGCUGGAGGAUUCCCUGCUGGCUCGGCUCUCUGCAGCCUCCGGUAACUUCCUGGGAGAUACAGCUCUGGUGGAAAACCUGGAGAUCACCAAGCAAACCGCCACUGAGAUUGAGCAAAAGGUGCGAGAAGCUAAAAUAACUGAAGUUAAAAUUAAUGAAGCCAGAGAGAACUACAGGCCAGCGUCAAUAAGAGCCGCCUUGCUCUACUUCAUUUUGAAUGAUCUCAACAAAAUAAACCCAAUCUAUCAGUUCUCUUUAAAGGCAUUUAAUGUAGUGUUUGAGAAUGCCAUCCUGCGCUCUGAACCAGCUGACGAGGUGACACAACGAGUUAAUAAUCUAAUAGAUGAAAUCACCUUCUCUGUGUUUGUUUACACAACGAGAAGCCUGUUUGAGAGGGACAAACUGAUCUUUACAGCACAGGUCGCUUUCCAGGUUUUGAUAAUGAAGAAAGAAGUGAAUCCUACUGAACUUGAUUUCUUGUUGCGAUUCCCCUUUAAAGCAGGAUUGGUCUCUCCUGUUGACUUCAUCUUAAACCAAGGAUGGGGUGGGAUUCAGGCUAUAUCUGACAUGGAUGAGUUUAAGAACCUCAACAGAGACAUUGAAGGGUCAGCAAAACGUUGGAAGAAGUUUGUAGAGUCUGAGGCCCCUGAGAAGGAGAAGUUUCCUCAAGAGUGGAAAAAUAAAUCUGCUCUACAAAAACUUUGUAUGAUGAGGUGUUUGAGGCCUGAUCGAAUGUCUUAUGCAGUAAGAAACUUUGUUGAGGAGAAGCUUGGUGCAAAGUAUGUUGAAGGGCGAAGUGUUGAAUUUUCUAAAUCCUAUGAAGAGAGCAGCUCCUCAACUCCCAUGUUCUUUAUCCUUUCACCUGGAGUUGACCCACUGAAGGAUGUAGAGGCACUGGGCAAGAAGUUAGGCUUUACAUUUGACAAUGGUAAAUUCCACAAUGUGUCUCUGGGUCAGGGCCAGGAAGUGGUUGCAGAGAAUGCUAUGGAUGCUGCUGCUAAGAAAGGACACUGGGUUAUUCUGCAGAAUAUCCACCUGGUGGCAAAAUGGUUAAGUACUCUGGACAAAAAAGUGGAGUUGUACAGCACAGGGAGCCAUGAUGACUACCGAGUAUACAUGAGCGCUGAGCCCGCAGCUACACCUGAUAGUCACAUAAUCCCACAGGGAUUGCUGGAAAAUGCCAUUAAAAUUACCAAUGAGCCUCCAACGGGAAUGCAUGCCAACCUCCACAAAGCACUGGAUCUGUUUGAUCAGGAUACUUUAGAUAUGUGCACCAAGGAGUCAGAGUUCAAGUGCAUCCUGUUCUCACUCUGUUAUUUCCAUGCUGUUGUGGCUGAGAGACGGAAAUUCGGUGCUCAAGGCUGGAACCGGUCAUAUCCCUUUAAUAACGGUGACCUUACCAUCUCAGUUAAUGUGCUAUUCAACUACCUGGAAGCGAAUCCAAAGGUUCCCUGGGAUGACCUGCGCUAUCUGUUUGGUGAGAUUAUGUACGGUGGCCACAUCACAGAUGACUGGGAUCGCAAGCUGUGUAAGAUAUACCUCGAGGAGUAUGUCCGUCCAGAACUGUUGGAAGGGGAGCUGCAGUUGGCUCCAGGGUUCUUAGCCCCACCCAACUCUGAUUACAAGGGGUACCAUGCAUAUUUGGAUGAUAUGCUGCCUCCUGAAAGCCCAUACCUGUAUGGCUUACACCCAAAUGCUGAGAUUGGUUUCCUGACCAUCACCUCUGAAAAACUGUUCCGCACUGUGCUGGAGAUGCAGCCAAAAGAUUCUGAAGCUGCAGGAGGGGCAGGUGUUUCACGGGAAGAAAAGGUAAAAGGAAUCCUGGACGAGAUUUUAGAAAAGCUGCCAGAACAGUUUAACUUGCAUGAGAUCAUGGCAAAGGUGGAGGAUAGAACUCCAUAUAUUGUUGUUGCCUUCCAAGAGUGCGAGAGAAUGAAUAUUCUAACCAAAGAAAUGAGGAGAUCUCUUAAAGAGCUGGACCUUGGUUUAAAGGGUGAGCUAACAAUCACUACAGUUAUGGAAGAACUUUCCAAUUCUAUGUUUUUUGAUACUGUUCCAGAGUCAUGGACAAAGCGUGCAUACCCCUCCCUCCAAGGAAUGGGAGGCUGGUUUGCAGAUCUGUUAAUAAGAAUCAAGGAGCUGGAGUCCUGGACGACCGAUUUCUCCCUCCCCAAUGCAGUGUGGCUAGCAGGUUUCUUUAACCCUCAGUCCUUCCUCACUGCAAUCAUGCAGUCCAUGGCCAGGAAGAACGAGUGGCCUCUUGAUAAGAUGUGUCUUGCUGUGGAGGUCACAAAGAAGAACCGCGAGGACAUGACUGCCCCGCCCAGAGAGGGGGCGUACAUACACGGCCUCUUCAUGGAGGGAGCUCGCUGGGACAUUCCAAGUGGCGUGAUUGCUGAAGCCAGACUGAAGGAAUUAACCCCUUUGAUGCCAGUAAUCUUUGUCAAAGCCAUUCCAGUGGACAGGCAGGAGACCAAAAACAUAUACGAAUGCCCGGUGUAUAAGACACGUAUCCGUGGACCCACCUUUGUCUGGACCUUUAACCUAAAAACAAAAGAGAGGUCAGCCAAGUGGGUACUUGCGGCAGUCUGCCUACUGCUGCAAGUGUAAUUUAAACUUAGUUAUAUUUUUAUCAGCAUUACAAAUGUUACAGAUGUUGGAAAGCCAAAUAAAAAGAUUAACCUGCAUGAACCUUGGCACGAUUCUGUUCUUUUUCAAACUUUUCACAGUCAAUUUCGAACACCCCACCACAAAAAUGUACAUAAUGUCAUACUAGUUUUAGAAUUAUUAUUAUUUAGUAGAUGAUUUUAUCCAAAAGCGACUUAGAGAUGUGGGAGUGAACUAUGCAUCACACUCAGCAGAGUCACUUACAAUAAGGACCGUGG